AUGCUGGUGAAAAACGUGAAAUGUGAAACAAACAGAUCGCCGUCAUGGGAUGGAAAUUCCGCCACAGCUACCACAAACCUCCUUCCACCUAGAUCCAAGUGGCCGCAACCAAUAGUGUGCCGCCGUGUCCCCACUGACCGUCUCCGCACUGGGCUGUCGAUUUCAACUUACCGGAUCCAUGAUUUGCGCUCGUUCGCGAUGCCAACCAGCCGGUUACGUUUCGUUGAAGAUAUAACAGAGACAAACGAGAAGGGAACUGACAUUGGAUGUGCAAUGUUACUUCCUCCGCUCAUAUUGAAAUUUAGCGAAAAAGUGAAGCUAUUUGUGGUCCACUGUCAUCUAUCCACUUCCCGGGCAAAGAAAUCGUACUGAUCCCACUAUGGAGAUGCUAAUAACGUACGCCGAUAUGUCCCGUGCCUUCAUAACAAUAAAGCGCACAUCAUUGCAACCGGUGCUAAGGUAAUUUUUAUCCGUGCCGACAGAACUCUAUCCAUUCAAGUUGAUGAAAGUUGGUACAAAGUCGUACGUGGACCGAAUACUGAGAACUUGACGAAGGUGGUAUUUCCUAUCGUUCUACCGGACACGGGAGCAUCAGG